AUGAACACGACCGCAGCGAAGCAGUCGUGUAUUAUAUCUUCGAUAUUUACGGCGGAUACAAGCAGAUAUCCGCAGCCAUUUUUAAAUCAAUUGUAUCCAUAUCCGUAUCCAUUACCAAGUCUGGGUUUUCCAAUGAAAAGUUCAUAUUUUACACUUUUGUUGAGACUCUACCAUCCAUUUGCACGGUGUAGAGAUUUUAAUUAUUUUUACCCCAGUAGAGAUUUUAAGGAAUAG